AUGGCCAGUAAAAGUCCUCAAGCAUAUGAAGUAAAGAAACUCGGUGGCACUCCUGAGCAACAAGCUUACAUGAAUGACAUAAUUGAUCAAUUCACAACGGAUGCAGCCAGUCUUCAUCGAAUCAAAGAACAUUUCAAGAAGGAAAUGGAUAAGGGUUUAGAAAAAGAAGGUGCUACUGUAGCCAUGAUUCCUUCUUAUGUUGAAGGUCGUUUGACAGGCAAAGAAGAAGGCCAUUUCCUUGCUCUUGACUUGGGUGGUACUAACUUACGUGUUGUGCUUGUCACGUUACUGGGUGAAGGCAAGUACAAGACUGUUUCCUCUAAAUCCAGAGUAUCUGAUGAAUUGAAACUGGGUCCUAUGCGUAACUUGUGUGAUUAUAUUGCCGAAUGUGUCGAUACUUUUCUGACUGAACAAAACCUGGAAGAUCAAGAGACUGAGCUUAAUUUAGGCUAUACUUUCUCAUUCCCUGUCCUUCAGUCAAAGAUUAACCGAGGUAUUUUAUCUACCUGGACAAAGGGUUUUGCUUGUUCGGGUGCUGUGGGUAAAGACCCUGUUUUGAUGUUACAAGAUGCUCUUUUGAGAAAACAUGUACCUGUUCGUGUCUCGGCCCUUGUGAAUGAUACUGUCGGUACUCUGUUAUCCAACGCGUACAAUAAGCCUGCCACAUUAGCUGGUCUAAUUUUAGGUACUGGUGCCAAUGGUGCCUAUAUUGAAAAGAUGGACAAGAUUCGUAAAUGGAAGGGCGGUAAAACAACAGCUGAUGAAAUGAUUAUCAAUAUGGAAUUCGGUGCCUUUGAUAACGAACGCCACAUUUUACCACUCACUCGCUUUGACAACAAACUCGACCGUCAGUCGAUUAACCCACACGCUCAAAUCUAUGAAAAGAUGAUUUCUGGUAUGUACCUUGGUGAAAUCACACGUAAUGUCCUGACCGACAUGAUUGACCGUGAGUUACUGUUGAAGCGUGAGACAAACACAUCACUUGCCUGGUCUAAAGAUAUUACAAAGCAUUGGUCAUUUGAGACUGCUUUUAUGUCAAAUAUUGAGGCUGAUGAUUCAAACGAUUUUGCCAACACGAAGGAAAUCCUGGAUACCAAUUUGAAUUUUCACGAUGUGACUACAGACGAAGCUGGCUUUAUCAAAAAGAUCUGUGAAUUAGUAGGUAAGCGUGCUGCUCGUUUGGCUGCUGCUGCUAUUGCUGCUAUUGUUGAACACUGUGAUAUUGGUCCUGAAGGGUGUGAUAUUGGUAUUGAUGGUUCCUUGUAUGAAUUCUAUCCUUCUUUUGAAGAGAGAAUGUACCAAGCACUUGAGGAAAUGAUGCCUGAUCUUCCUGACCUUCGUAAGCAGAUUCGUCUUGGUCUUGCCAGAGAUGGUAGUGGUGUUGGUGCUGCUCUCACGGCUUGUGUUGCUGCUCGUAUGGAAAAUCAACGUAAAGCAUAA